GGAUUUUCUAACCUAAAAAUCCUAAAAAUAUUGUAAUCAUCAAUUAUUGUGAUGAUUAUUUUGUAAUGUAGGUAGGUACCUAAUAAAAUGUGAAUCAAAUCAGUCAAAACAGGAAGUAAGGAACUGAACUAUUGAUUAUUAUAAUAAGAUGGGAAGCACAUCGAUAGCGUUAACGUUCAAUGUGCAAGCAAAAUGUAACAUAUCAAGAGCUCGAGCCGCAUCAAUGAAGUUACCGCAUUAUGAAGUUGAAACUCCUGUAUUUAUGCCGGUUGGAACUCAGGGGACAAUGAAAGGAUUAUUGCCAGAUCAACUUGAAAAUUUAAAUUGUGAGAUUAUAUUAGGAAACACCUACCAUUUGGGAAACAGACCUGGUGUGGAAGUACUGACAAAAGUAGGAGGCCUUCACAAGUUUAUGGGAUGGAAUAGAGCUCUCCUCACUGAUUCAGGAGGAUUCCAAAUGGUAUCAUUACUUAAAUUAGCAGAGAUUACAGAACAAGGUGUCAAAUUUAAAUCCCCGUAUGAUGAUACUGAAAUAAUGUUAACACCAGAAAAGUCUAUAGAAAUUCAAAAUUGUAUAGGUGCUGAUAUUAUAAUGCAGCUAGACGAUGUAGUACAAACAACUUUUCAAGAUUAUGAUCGUAUAAAAGAGGCCACAGAACGAACAAGUCGCUGGUUGGACCGUUGUCUGAAAGCUCAUAAAAGGCCCACCGAACAAAGUAUAUUCCCCAUAGUACAAGGAUUAUUAAAUCCAGAAUUACGAAGGCAGAGUGCUGAGGAACAUAUCACUAAAGAUGUCAAUGGUUUUGCUAUCGGCGGUCUUAGUGGUGGAGAAGCAAAAGAUGACUUUUGGCCCAUGGUCAACCUAGGGACUGAAAUACUAGAUAAAAAUAAACCACGCUAUCUGAUGGGAGUCGGAUUGGCUAUUGACCUUGUUGUGUGUGUUGCACUGGGAGUUGACAUGUUUGAUUGUGUCUUCCCUACACGGACAGCUAGAUUUGGCUGUGCACUAAUAAAUACAGGACAAUUGAAUCUAAAACAGAAACAAUUUGAAAGUGAUCUCAAUCCAAUUGACAAAGACUGUGAAUGUACUACAUGUAAAAACUACACCAGAGCCUAUUUACAUUGUAUAGUAUCAGUUGAAACUGUAGCCUGCCAUUUAAUCUCAGUGCACAAUAUUGCUUUUCAGAUGCGUCUGAUGAGAACUAUGAGAGAAAAUAUUAAACAGGGAACAUUCCCACAAUUUGUGAAGAAAUUUGUGAAUGACUUACAUCCUGAUAAGAACUAUCCUAGCUGGGUUAAAAACUCAUUGAUGUCUGUUGGAAUUAACUUAUUGGAAGACUGAACAUUUCAUAACAUUCACUACUUUUCUAAACAGAGUGGAUAAGAACUUGUACAACUGUGUAUAUUAUAAGCAAACUUAUAAUAAUCAACUACAGAACUAUAGCAGCGCUUGCUGGCUAGAUGGUAAUAGGUACCCUAUACUU